UCUCAGAUAAGGAAGCUUGUGCUAACAUCAUGAGUGACUCAGGAAGCCUAGUUGGUGAUGUCCCUAAACUCAGUGCCAGAGCCAUAUAUGAGCAGAGGAAGAAGUAUUCCAACAUCAUCAUGGCAGAUGUCUCCCAGUACGCUGUCAAUCACCUGGUGACUUUCUCAAUUGGAGAAGAAGAUGACUUGGCAUCUGUGGAGGAUGCCACAAGGAAACUGUCCAUCAUGGAUGCCCAAGGGAAGAUCUGGGUUCAGGAAAUGUUACUUCAAGUCAAUGGAUCGGCUAUCAAGCUCUUUGACAUAGACUCAAAGGAGGAACUGGAGAACUAUGGAUUGGCAGCCGUGGCUCGUUGUGAGGCUGUUAGACCCGAAUCCCGGUCCCAGCCCUUGCUUCUGCUUGUGUGCCAGGAAUCCAGUCAGCUGAAACCUGAUGUCCAUUUCUUUGAGUGUGACCACACUGGGGCAGAACUGAUCCGACAGGACAUUAACAGUGCUUUGCUGGACUUCAAGUCAGGAGGAAAUACCCAAAGGAAGGAAGCGCUCAGAGCUACCCAAAAGUGGAUUGGCAACCAGACACAAAAGACUAAGGAUACCGUCCCUCAGCUUCCCCGACAGAUGCCUUCCAGGACAAAGGUCAUUGCACCAGAGCAAAAAGAGAACGACCUCUUGGCAGGGGAGACUGACCCAGCCCUCAUCCGUGCUGAGAAAGACGUGGAGCUGUUGAACCGGGUUUUUGAUGAUGUGGAAGCCUUUGUGGGGAAGCUACAGAAGUCUGCUGAAGCUUUCCGUGUACUGGAUCAACGCAAACGUUCUGCCAGGGGCCGUCGUCGAGAGCCAGGAGAGGGCCUCCUGACAAUCCGAGCUCGCCCUCCUUCCCAAGAUGAGUUUGAGGACACUUUGGCUAAGAUAAAAUAUUCUUUCAGCCUUCUGGCAAGGCUGAAGUCUAACAUCACAAACCCUACCUCAGAGGAACUGAUACAUUUUCUCUUCAACCCCUUGAAGAUGAUUGUGGAGUCUUCUGGGGGACCAGCAUUUGCUUCUGAGGUGCGCAGUCCCAUGUUGACCCUGGAGGCGGUCACAUUAAUGCGCAGCUGCUUAGGGGAACGUGAAGCUGAGCUGUGGCAUUCACUGGGAGACAACUGGAUCAGGCCAAGACUAGAGUUCCCCAGGGACUAUGCUGCUCCCUACACCCCAACUUUCCAAAGUGGGUGGGAGCCGCCACGUCUGGACCAAUCUGGACAGCCUUGGGAAGAUCCAGUAGAGAUGCAACACCGACAUGAAGAACGUCGCGCUCAGCAAUCAGCUGCCAAAAUUGCAGCCAAUGGACACAGACAUCCAGACAGUAAAGUGGUAACUUGUACCCAUAACUUCACAGCCAGAAACAAUAAUGAGCUGUCGGUGCUUCAGGGAGACACAUUAGAGGUUUUGGAAGACACCAAGAAAUGGUGGAAAGUUCAGAACCGCUAUGGACAAAUUGGUUAUGUCCCCUAUAAUAUUCUUAGCUUAGUUCUGAUUGAGGAGGAGUCCAAUGUCCAGAACCACAAAAAAGAUGCCCAGAUCAAUGGAAUUAGUCCUGUGAUAAGCAAGAAAGCUCCACCCCAGCCGCCACCAAAGACCAAAGGUUUGUACUCCAAUGGCAGGAACUGGGCCAGCACAGAGAGGCUUAGCAUGGACCUGAAUGAGCGAGAGCGUUUCAGCACCGUCAAUGAGGAGCUUGCCCUGAGGCUGGCCAAUGGGUCAACUGGCCGCAAGAAUCUUCAUAUCCAGCGUGCUCCAGAUACCAGUGUGCCUUUAGGAUAUGAUUCAAAUGCUGCUCAAGUCCGGACCUGGCUAGAGGCCAAAGGAUUCAACCCAUUGACUGUAAAUGCCUUUGGAGUUCUGAGUGGAGCUCAGCUGUUCUCCUUGCAGAAGGACGAGUUCAGAGCUGUCAGCCCAGAGGAAGGAGCUCGAGUCUACAGCCAGGUUACUGUCCAGAGAGCCCUGUUGGAGGAUUCUGGGAAAAUAUCAGAACUAGAAGCAGUGAUGGAGAAACAAAAAAGGAAACUGGAAGGAUUGACUGGAUAGAGGGGAGAUCUUCUUUCUCUGAUGAGGGAGUGCCCUCUGCUGAAGAAGUCCUGAACUACUGGGUGCUAGAUUCAGACAUCACAAUCAAAAUUCCUUCCACGCACCCAAAAUGCACCUUUUAGAGGAACAUUUACCGUUUUUGUGUUGCGUGCAUAAUUUAUGUUUCUGAUCACUUGCCAAAAAAAAAGGUCUUUUCCAAUCAUAUUCCUGGUUCCCUCAAUUUCCACUGUUGAAAUAGCUGUCAAUGAGCAUUUCCGAGACCUCUCCCUCACACACAUGGGAAAAGUUUUAAAUACUGGCACCUUCCUCUUCCUUUGUAACACAGAAUAGUCAUGUUGCACUUAUUUAUCUUCUUUUGUGAAAAAAAAAUGAUGUUUACUUAGGUUUCUUGUGUGUAGAUAAGGAAAAUAUGAAAUGUUACCUUUUUUAUCAUUAGUUCAGUUUUCCAUUCUUCAUUUAAAUCUAAGCUUAGCUAUUGUUGCACAUAUUCUUUUGUUUGUGGGGCAUGAUUUUAUUAGCCAUCGAGAUGCAUUAAAAUGGUCAUUUCCCCCUCAUGUUUACUUUGCACACUGCAUCAUAGAGGUUGUAGUCCAGACUCUGACUCUCCAUCCCAUGAAGAAAAGUUGGCAAUGCAUGAUUGUUUUAGGCCAGGAAUGUUCUCUUUCCCAAAUUUAUCCAGCUAUCCUUACCUGACUAAGGAACAAUAGAGGCUGCAGCGAGAAGGGGAGAACUUGGCACAAAAACGUUAAAAUAUCUCAGGAACAGUGGCAUGUCUUCCAACAUUUCAUAGAUGAAAACCAAUACAUGUGUGACCAAGUAACAUCAGAGUGUGGUCAAGAUGACAAAGGCUGUUAAUGAAGAAGAAUAUGAAAACUAGGAAAGUCUGCUGCAGUUUGCCUUUUGCCUAAGCAAAAUUCCACUCUCCUUUCCUGCUAAUGGAGUGCAGCCUAGUUUGAUACUUUGCAGCCAUUGAAGAAAGGAAAGAAAAAGGGUAGAAAGUAGGAAGAGAAAAGAGAAACUGGAACAUUUUAAAAGAGCUGAAAAGGGGGGACUGUUGUUGCCAGAUCAGGACAGUUGAUGGGUAUGUAAUGGCCUAAAGUGAAGUGCCAAUCCCAGCUUGAUCCCAUGCAUUGAUAUCGAUGGAGUUUGCACACAUGUUGACUUAUCAUUCAGCAACUGAUUCAAUGAAUCCCAUCUAAGUGGGCUAGCAAUUAGAUUUAGGGCAGUGUUUCCUCUUUUAGGGUAAAAUGGGAAAUAAUGGAAGAACAGGAUGACCAGAUGUCAUAACUGCAAAGGAGGACAAGGCACCGCAAAACAUAGGACAUUGAAGAAAAAUGUAGGCUAUUACAAAAUAAA